UUUAUUAGUCGCUGUAGUAGUAGUUGCAAUGGUGAAAUUGAUCCACUGAGCAACAAUAACAAGGACAUAUCUUAAAGCUGUACAUAAAGUUGGCAGUUCUAUCAUCACAGUGAAACAUAAUGAGUCCUAGCUGGUUGUGGUGGAUCUGUAUUUUCUGUUUUGUAGCUGAGAGCAGGACAUUGGUAUGUGAGUCAUACGAUCACAAAUGUAAAACAUUCCACUCCGCUUCGUCGGAAAACUCAACAUGUUCGUCGCUCCAGCAGUGUGAUGAGACUUGGGCUGGUUCGACUCUCGCGUGUUAUGCGUUGUUGGCUCAGAACAAAGAGGGAGGAGUAACUGUCUUGAAAAAGGGAUGUACAUAUCAGAUUGGUAAAGAAUGCACUCAAUCAUCUGCCUGUAAUGGACAAAGAAAGCACCGUCGUAAAUUACAACCCCUUUACUACUGUUGCUGCACUGAAGACAACUGCAACCGUAAUGUCAUUAUGUUUUUAAAAGAAGAGAAGGACAAAAUUCAUACGAUGGACGAUAUUAAAAAGGCCAUUAUGAAUUUAAAAUGGUUGAUCUGGGCUCAUCUUGUGACAAUAACAAUAAUUAUAUUCCUGACUGCCAUCGUAAUACUGGGUCUGAUGAUAAUUCUGAAUAAAAGGCGCAGAAAAACGGCAAGACAAGGGAGGCAUUCGUAUCCACUGCGGGUCUGCGAUAAAGGAAGUCGUCAUUGCCGUAACUCAUCUCAGUGGAAGAAACAUGACUUCCAACUGAUUACGUGUCUUGUGCGAAGUUCGUUUGGUGAAAUAUGGCAGGCCAGGCUACAUGGUUCCAAUCGAGUGGUACGCAUUCGAUUAACAGCAGGCUCAGAUGAUGUCUUUGUGUACGAUAAACACGUUUUAUUUAAAAAGGCAAACGUCCACAAAACAAGGGUAGUAUGAAAAGAGAUUUUAUAGGUUAAAUUGCAUGUAUACGAACUAUAACUUGCAGUGCAAACUAUAGAGUGACUCAAACCAAUCACAACUCGAGUUCGGAACAAAAAAACUUGGAGUUCAAGUCGGUACUUCUUUCGUAUUCGUCUUUUUCGUUUUAAGCUAAAAGGUUGUGUGGCUUAAGUUGAGUUUUCUGCGCUGUAAUAACGGAAAUAUAAACAUCAAUUUGAAUUUGAAUUCUACUCAGCGUGAAAGUUUCCAUUCGAUCGGCGCAGAGUUCCCAAUGUAGCCAUAAAGAUAAUGUCAUUACAUUUAUAUGUGGCAUUAACGUCAUUUAUCGGUAGCAUUAACGUAUUAAAUAAGUAUACAUAAUUAGCCAAUCAUUUAUAAUUAAAGUGACGUAUGUAAAAAUUAAGGGUGUUCUGUAAUGAAACCAAACUCUGGUGCAACACUGUUGAGGUGAGCAUCCUCUCUACCUUCAUUGUAAAUAUCAAUAUUAUCAAUUUUGACAUUAAAAAAAAAACAAAAAUUCAAUUUUUAGAGUAUUGCUCACUUCGCUUUUCAUAAAUCGCUAAGGAGAACCCAAAGAGAGCGGUCUUAUUUAUCGGUCAUUAUACGUACUCUGUUGGCGAUAGCUGAUCCCCCCUCUGAUGCCCUGAAAAACCCAAAA